CUCCUCCCCUUGCAGGCAGACGCCAGGAUUGCGCCCCCUGAAAGGACCUGCCCAGUCCUUCCCGGGUGUGCGGGGAGCGCAGUCCCAGCUCGUGGGGGCCCCUCGGAGGGGGCCGCACGGGCAGGAUGGUGUGCGCUCGGACGGCCCUCGGUCCCGGCGGGCUCUGGGCCGCGGCCUGCGGAGUCCUGCUGCUCGCGGUCCCCGUGGGGGCGCAGCGCGGCCGAAAGAAGGUAGUGCACGUGCUCGAGGGUGAGUCUGGCUCCGUAGUGGUACAGACCGCACCGGGGCAGGUGGUCAGCCACAGGGGUGGCACCAUCGUCUUGCCCUGCCGCUACCACUACGAGGCAGCUGCCCAGGGCCAUGACAGCGUUCGCCUCAAGUGGACCAAAGUGGUGGACCCGCUGGCCUUUGCCGACGUCUUCGUGGCGCUGGGCCCCCAGCACCGGGCAUUCGGCAGCUACCGCGGCAGAGCAGAGCUGCAGGGCGACGGGCCGGGGGAUGCUUCCCUGGUUCUCCGCAACGUGACACUGCAGGAUUAUGGACGAUAUGAGUGUGAGGUCACCAAUGAGCUGGAGGAUGACACAGGAAUGGUCAAGUUGGACCUGGAAGGCGUGGUCUUCCCAUACCACCCCCGUGGAGGCCGCUACAAGCUGACCUUCACCGAAGCGCAGCGCGCGUGCGCUGAGCAGGACGGUAUUCUGGCGUCGGCUGAGCAGCUGCACGCGGCCUGGCGCGAUGGCCUGGACUGGUGCAAUGCGGGCUGGCUGCGCGACGGCUCCGUGCAGUACCCGGUGAGCCAGCCCCGGGAGCCCUGCGGAGGCCUAGGCGGGGCCGGGAGCGCCGGGAUGGGCGGCAGUGCCUCCGGGGGCGUGCGCAACUACGGCUACCGCCACAACGCGGAGGAACGCUACGACGCCUUCUGCUUCACAUCCAACCUCCCGGGCCGCGUGUUCUUCUUGAAGCCACUGCGGCCCGUGCCCUUUUCGGGAGCUGCGCGCGCGUGUGCAGCGCGCGGCGCGGCGGUGGCCAAGGUGGGGCAGCUCUUUGCCGCGUGGAAGCUGCAGCUGCUGGACCGCUGCACCGCGGGCUGGCUGGCCGACGGGAGCGCGCGCUACCCCAUCGUGAACCCGCGCGCGCGCUGCGGCGGUCGCCGGCCCGGCGUGCGCAGCCUUGGCUUUCCCGACACCGCGCGCCGCCUCUUCGGCGUCUACUGCUACCGUGCGCCCGGAGCGCCUGACCCCGCACCCGGCGGCUGGGGCUGGGGCUGGGCAGGAGGCGGUGGCUGGGCUGGAGGGGCGCGCGACCCAGCCGCCUGGACGCCGCUACGCGUCUAGGCCCAGAGCGAAGGCGGCUGGGGCGCUUGGCGGCUGGCCGAGUGCCCUGCGGUCUCUUGGAGACAGAACACGCCCCCUGAGGUCCCCAGAAACUGGUCAUUCCCACAGACAAGUCCCUCGGAGUCCCCCGGAGACCGACUAAGCCCUACCUCUCCUGGACAGUGGGUUUCCCCUCCUCCCCCGACUUAAUCCAGGAGGUGGGGCACACCCUUGAGGACACCUGGAGGGAAGCAGACCUUAAGACUGGCCAUGCCUUCCUGAGGUCACCUGGAAACAGACGGAACCAUCGCCGUGGUCGCCUGGAGGCUGGACCCCCGGGGUUGUCUGGGGACUGGCCACAUGCCCUUUGCCCCUGAAGACUGAAGACUGAUCCCUUAUGGUCACCUGGGUACUGAACCCUCCUGUCACCUGUAGAAAAACCAGAAACCUCAGAAUUCAUCAGGUGACCACACACGUGGUCUCAGGGAGACUGUGGGCUCCUGUCCUCUCCCCUAUGGAGACCUAGAGAUUGGGUACUCCCAUUCUUCCCGCCCCCUCCAGUCCCCGGAAAUUUCCACAACAGGCCACGUCUUCAGGACACCAGGAGAACGGCCCCACCCCUUCAGUUUCAGGGGAGACCACCCUUGUCUGUCACCGCUACAGCAGACUGACACCCCCCAGCUGGCUCGCAUAACUGGCGGCCAUGCCCCACCCCUCAGGUAUCUCUCUGACGGGAGCAAAUCCGCCCCCUGACGGCCCCUUUCCUGGCUGUCACCAAAGAGACCGUCCUCUCGGCCCAGGGACCCAUACGAUCCAUGUCACUUACUGUGGAGACAAGCUGCCCCACUUCCCAUUGUUACCAAGGCGACCGGCCCAGCUUCUGUCACCUAGAGGCACACAGCCCUUCCCUCCUCAUUGGUCACACCCAUAAGAAUAUUGCCUCCCUUCUCCAGCUGUAACCAUGGAAACCAAACGUUUCUCAUCUCACCAGCCCCCACCUCAGAGACCUACAACUCGACUUCAGGCCGUCCCCGCCCUGAUCAACCGCCACUGAGACCAUCCUCCCUGCAAGCUGUCCCAUCAUUGGUUUUCCUGCCCUCACCAUGGAAACAGGCUGCCCCUCUCUCCCCAGGUGUAUCCCAGCUCCUUGUCCCCCCGCCAAGCCAUACCCCCAAGCUCCUUGGACCCCAACAGUUGUUGCCAUGGAGACCAAACUCUGGUGUCUGAGGUAACAGAACACCUGUCCCAAGGCUUUCCCUUGUGGGCAGGGCUCUUCCCGCCAAACUGUCACCAUGGAGACUGUCAAUGUCAUCCCCAUGAAACCGACCAAGCAGCUCCCAGAAACUUCUUUCCAUGGGGCGGAACUGCGCCCCAUAGGGCUUCAUGUCUGCCCCUUCACCAGAUGGGCCCAGUGCCCAGCAGCCUCCCCAGACCCCGCUGGACUUCCGGAGCUGCUGGACAUCCUCCGUUUGCACGCUAAGUAUAUUCCAGACAGCAGCUGUGCACGAGACACCUUUGCAACACCCAGGUGUUUUCAUUGCCUCCGUGCAGGUGAACAAACAGGCUCCGGCAUGCCCUUGCCUUUUGAGCUGUGAAAGCAACUGGACUCCCCUUUUCCUAAGAUCACAUCCUCAUUUUCAUUGAGCUCCUCCUUUCCUAACUCCCCACAGCAUCAGCCCCCCAAUGCCCCUCGCCACAAUUUCCCUCCUUAGAGAUGCAGGAGAGAGAAAGUCUGCAAACCUGGAAAUCCAUCCUGAGCUCCAGAUUCUAAGGGGCAAUUACAGCUAAGAAGUGAGGACCCAGCCAGAGUCCCCAGUGUUGGGAGCCAGCUUGGGAGAGAUGGCCCGUGCACGUGGUCACCCCGAUGAUGGGAGACCCAAGCUCCGAGAUCUUGCCUGGAGUAGCACUGGGGUCCCUCCUGAAGCCUUCCUUAAGCCAUCCAUCUUGAGGAAACACAUCUGUGGGUCUUGAAAGCAGAUAGGCUUGGGUUUGAAUCCUGCCUCUGUUGACCAAGUGACAAAAGACCUGAGCCUGUUUCCUCCUCCUCUGUACCCGGACUGUUCUAAGUGAGUGCAAAGCAUACAGCAGGGGCUCAAUAAAUCUUUCUUUCUUUA